AUGCUCCUGCCCGGUGCCCGGUGCCCUCCACCCCCGGGGCGGUCCCGCCGCCCGCACAGGUGCCGGGAUUGGGCGGAACAUGCAAAUGCAGCGCUGACGUCAGGCGGCUCCGGCCCGGAGAGCAGAAAUAGGGCCGGCCCGGCCCGCGCCGCGCACUGCCCGCACCGGCCCCGCCGCGCUCCGCCCCGCCCCGACCGGCCCCGGCUCCCGCUCCUGCCCAGACUUGAAACGAUGACAUCAAGGAGCUUUUGGUGCUCUCUUGUGCUGCUGGGGGUUUUCCCACUGGUCACAAGGGGAUGGAUGGAUGUGGACCAGAGCAGGAGCCUGUAUUCAGAUGUGGGGAGGUUGCAUCCAGAGGACUCCAGAAGGUUUGAAGUUACAAGAAGAAAAGCGCUGCAGGGGCAGGAGGGGCUGCGGGCGCCCUGCCAGAGGAGGUUCUGCGGCCAGGGCAGCAGGUGUGUGCUCAACAGGGACACCCAGCAGCCCGAGUGCAGGUGUGUGGAGGACUGCAAGGCCAGCUACAUGCCCGUCUGCGGGUCUGAUGGCAGGUUCUACGAAAAUCACUGUCAGCUGCAUCGAGCCUCGUGUCUGCAGAGGAAGAAAAUCUACAUUAUCCACAGCAAGGACUGCUUCUUCAAAGGACCUCAGUCCUUUGAAGAGAUCCAGGUCAAUGCACGUGGUGCAGUAAUGCUGUCUUGUCUCUCAGGGAGCAGCUGCACAAUGGCAGACUACAGCCGGCUGAAGAGCAUCCUGCUGGACCUGCAGGCUCGGCGGCAGAGCCCGCCCGGCAGCCUGGCCAAGGACAGGCCAGCCCAGAAGCACUUCCUCAUUGAAGAGCUCUUUAAGCACUUGGAUCUGAACAGUGAUGGGCAUCUCAGCAGCUCUGAACUGGCUCAGCUGAUGAAGAAGGAGGACCUGGAGGGUGAUUUACUGGGUUGUACACUUGAAGACCUUCUCCAGUUUGAUGAUUACAACAAUGAUGGCCACCUGACCCUGCAGGAGCUCUACACAGCCUUCCAGGUGGUUCAGCUGAGCCUGCCCGAGGAGCUGAGGGUCACUGUGACCACCAUCACCGUCGGGCUCAGCACCGUCCUGACGUGCGGCAUCCGCGGGGCGCUGCGGCCGCCCAUCGUCUGGAAACGCAACGGCGUCCUCCUCAACUUCCUCGACCUGGAGGACAUCAACGAUUUUGGAGAAGAUGAUUCCCUCUACAUCACCAAGGUAACAACUAUUCACAUGGGCAAUUACACCUGUCAUGCCUACGGCUAUGAGGAGCUGUAUCAGACCCACAUCCUUCAGGUGAAUGUGCCUCCGGUGAUCCGCGUGUACCCCGAGACGCAGGCGCAGGAGCCGGGCGUGUCGGCCAGCCUGAAAUGUCACGCCGAAGGCAUCCCUAAUCCCCGAAUUACCUGGCUGAAGAACGGCAUUGAUAUCAUGCCAAAACUAUCCAAACAGCUAUCGCUCCUCGCAAACGGAAGCGAACUUCACAUCAGCAGUGUUCGCUAUGAAGACACUGGUGCCUACACCUGCAUUGCCAAAAAUGAGGUGGGAGUGGACGAGGACAUUUCUUCCCUUUUCAUCGAAGACUCGGCGAGAAAGACCCGCCUGAGUGUUGGGAAUAUGUUCUAUGUCUUUUCUGAUGAUGGGAUCACAGUCCUUCAGCCAAACGAAUGUGAAAUCCGGAGACAUAUCAGGCCCGAAGAGAGGAUUUUCACAAGUUAUGAGGAGAUCUGUCCUAGAGUGGAAGGAGAAGACACUCAGUCCUGCCUCUGGGCUUCAGCAGUCAAUGUCAGAGACAAGUACAUUUAUGUGACACAGCCAAAGCAGAACAGAGUAAUGAUAAUUGAUAUCCAGACUCAAAAAGCCAUACAGUCCGUGGAUGUGGACCCAUUACCAACCAAAUUACAUUAUGACAAGUCCCACGACCAAGUGUGGGUGCUCAGCUGGGGGGACAUGAGGAAAUCAUCACCCACACUGCAGGUGAUUCCAGAGGCAAGCACUGCAGAGGAUCCCCAUGUUAUCCACACACCCUUUGAAGGAGUGGAUGAUUUUUUUAUACCACCUACAAAUCUUAUUAUUAAUCAUGUUAGGUUUGGCUUCAUUUUCAACCAUUCCAAACACGCGGUUCACAAGAUCGACCUGGAGACCGUGACCCACAUCAAGACCAUCCCGCUGCAGGCCUACGGCUGCGUGCCUCAGGCCAUGGCCUACACUCACCUGGGUGGCUACUACUUCGUGCAGUGCAGGAGGAGCCGCGCGGCGGGCGCCGCCCCGCAGCUCGUCAUCGACAGCGUCACCGACGCCGUCGUCGGCCCCAACGGCCGCGUGGCGGGCACGCCCCACGUCUCACCCGACGGGCGCUACCUGGUCAGCGCCGACCGGGCCAGCGGCAGCGUCACAGUGCAGGCUCUCACUGUCCGGGGGGAAAUCCAGUUGGUUUAUGAGUUGAAAACGAACGUACGCGUGUCCGAUCUGACAUUUCAACCCUCGUUCACUGAAGGCAAUCAGUACUAUGUAUACGCUACUUCGCGUCUGCAAACUGAUGUGCUUUUUGUGGAGCUGGCAACGGGGAGGAUGAAUGUACUGAAGAAUUUAAAGGACCCUAUCACGUCCAAAGACUGGCCCUGGAGCAGCUACAACAGAAUUAUGAAAGACAGUGGAUUAUUUGGACAGUAUCUCAUUACACCAGCUAAAGAUUCAUUGUUUGUUAUAAACGGGAGGCAAAACACGUUACGCUGUGAGGUUUCAGGUAUAAGGAGGGGUAACACAGUGGUCUGGGUUGGGGAGGUAUGA